CAGGAAAGAGUGCUGAUAGAGAAAGAGAGACACCGAGCCAGACAGAAUAACUGUCUGGACCCAACUGCAAAGAUGUCAAAGAACUUUAUCUCCUUCCUCCGCUAUUUUGUGCUUCUACUAGGCUUCCUAAUUAUUUGCUUAGGAGCCUUUUGCAUCUCUACUGGUGCCCCUGCCUGCAAGUGCAAUAACAUGCCCAUUGCAUAUUUUCUGUUGCCCCUGGGGUUCUUCCUUCUCAUCUGUGGGAUUUUCUGGAGCACUUAUCACGAGGCCAGUAAGCACAAGAGCCUAUUUCACAGCAUUUUGCCUCGACAUCCUAGAAUUCGGGAGAGCCACAUCGAUACUGUAGACAGGCCUGACUUCUAUCCUCCUUCUUAUGAGGACAGCACUGAUCCUGAGAAGCAGACGUAUCCGCUGCCGGUCAACCCACUGGAAAGAGAGAAGGAGGCUUACAAUAUACCUCCACCACUGUACACAGAGAGCAGCCUUGAAUUCAUUGAAGAAGUGAGUGCUCAGGAUGAACAGCCGCCUUCAUAUGAAGCAUCCCUGAGGCAUCAAGUUGCUGAGCCUGAUUCGGUCCAGGAAGAGAUGCCUAAGGCACUUGGGUCAGAGACCAGCUGCUAAUGAAGGCUUGAGGAGGACACGAAAUAGUGUCUGUUGUUCUGGAAGACAGUUCGCAGUCAUGGCAUUGUGUGCAAAGUGCUGUUGAAGAGGACAGGUCUCCUCUCUCCGUGUGCAUUAAGUGCCAGGGGAGCCCUUUGGGUAGCACUCAGUGACUGGCAGUGUUGCAAUUAGAAAGGUUAUUUCAGAAUUCAUGUGGCAAUUUCAACCAGGAAUACAGCCUGGUGUUGCUAAGGCUUUGACUGAUGUCACUGGGUUAAAAACAGUAUUGCUGCCUGCUUUGGAUCUCCUUGUUUACACUGUUGUGGCUUGCUUCACUCUGCCUGCUUUAAGAAAACGUAGCAAGAACCAGUAUCAUUUUGCAAAGAGCAGAGCAGCAAAUGUUCAGACCUAGAGAAUGAAAAAAAGAGAUCCCAAUAAUGAGUGACGGAAGCAUAUACACACAGACGUACUUAGUGAGAUCAGUUAUGCUAUUGCUGUAGGGAAUAACUUUAUCCUUCCCUUGGCAUUUACAAAGAGGAUGGGAGGCAUUUUUCCAAAGAUAAACUCUUGAGCUGCCUUAAUUGCUUUGCAAGUAUUUCUGCGUACAAAAGGGUAAAUACAUCUUGGCAACAGGGAGCCAAUUGUGCUGAUUAAAUAACACUAAGCCUUGACUGUACUAAGCAGGCGAAUUUUACAGCUCAGGUAAACAAAGAUUUUGUUUUAAACGCAAGUGGUUCCACUAAAAUAGAAAACCAAGCAACAUGGAUGUAGAAUGUUUAGGUUGUAGGUUGGUUUGACUUUAUUUUGUAUUUAAUUAUUGGGUGGCAUUUUUGUGCAAUACAUAUAUAUGGUGACCCUCAGUGACACAACAUGUGGACAAAGUGUUGUUUAGGAUGAAAUAUGAUGGUGAGAACAGUUCUUUGAGUAGUCCUUUUGAAAAAAAAAGUUGGUAUUAAUAAUGUCAUUUUCCCAUUAUGUACCCAAUUAUUGGUUUCAGACCCAACCUGAUAAAUGUAUAUGUAUAUCAAACUUGAUAAAUGUCACUCCACUAGACAUGGAGCUCUUAAGACACUUGAAAUAUAGGAUUACUAGCAUUGAUGCAUCUGAUGUCCAUAUGUGUUAUCUGUUUACGUAUCCCGUGGAGUUUUGACAUCCGCUUCCUUUGUUUUUUGUUAGUAAUAGCAAACAGAGGGAUAGGAAUUAUUUUCAUGAAUUAUCUAACUGCAUUUUGUAAUGUAAUCUAUAAUCUAACAGACAGUUAUUUUGUGUUUAUACACUGUUAUGAAACUAUUUGGUUUACAUACUGCAUUGCACUUUCUUAUAAUAAAGUUUUGUAUUGAAAACA